GGUGGCAGAGACUGGAACAAGGUGGCGGCAUGCAGCGCCCCGGGCCCUUCAGCACCCUCUACGGGCGGGUUCUGGCCCCGCUGCCCGGGCGGGCCGGGGGCGCGGCCUCGGGUGGGGGCGGGAACAGCUGGGGCCUCCCGGGCUCCCGCGUGCAGCUGCCCGGGCGUGCACAGUCCGAGACCCGCGGGGGCACUGGCAGCCCGAGCGCUAGCGGCCCAGACUCCAGCAGCAUCUGCCCGGCCCCCUCCGCGAUGUCAAAGGCCGAGGAGGCCAAGAAACUGGCCAGCCGCGCAGCGGUGGAGAACCACGUGAAGAAUAAUCAAGUGCUGGGAAUUGGAAGCGGUUCUACAAUUGUCCAUGCUGUGCAGCGAAUAGCUGAGAGAGUGAAGCAAGAGAAUCUGAAGCUUGUCUGCAUCCCCACUUCCUUCCAGGCCAGGCAGCUGAUCUUGCAGUAUGGUUUAACCCUCAGUGACCUGGAUCAGCACCCAGAGAUUGACCUCGCCAUCGAUGGUGCUGAUGAAGUAGAUGCUGAGCUCAAUCUCAUCAAGGGUGGUGGGGGCUGCCUGACCCAGGAGAAGAUUGUGGCUGGCUAUGCCAGUCGCUUCAUUGUGAUUGCUGAUUUCAGGAAAGACUCAAAGAACCUUGGGGAUCGAUGGCACAAAGGGAUCCCUAUUGAGGUCAUUCCAAUGGCCUAUGUCCCAGUGAGCCGAGCUGUGACUCAGAAGUUUGGGGGUGAGGUGGAGCUUCGAAUGGCUGUGAACAAGGCAGGGCCUGUGGUGACAGAUAACGGGAAUUUCAUCCUGGAUUGGAAGUUUGACCGGGUGCACAAGUGGAGUGAAGUGAAUACAGCUAUCAAAAUGACUCCAGGUGUGGUGGACACAGGCCUGUUCAUCAACAUGGUGGAGCGAGUCUACUUUGGGAUGCAGGAUGGCUCAGUGGACGUGAGGGAAAAACCGUUCUGCUGACCCUGUGAGGAGCAGGGUACUCACCUGAGUCUCCAGCCCAAGCACAGUGGGCACACCUCUCCUGGAGCCUUUGCCUUAAUGUACCAGUGCCAGGGUGGACAACUGGCCAGGGGUUGGUGGGAGGGCAGUCAAAUCAGUCUUAUGAAGUAUUGCUAUGUGUCUUUUUAAAAAGAGAAAUUUAAAUAUAUAUAUUUUUACUAUUAAAAUAUUGUUUUUUUAUAAAGUAGAAUUUGAUUUCAUGUUUUAUAUGAAACAUUUACCAAAAACAAAAAAUAAAUAAGGAGAGAGGUUCAGGACUAUCUUUGAAAGCCUUGACUUGAGGUUGCUGGUUACACUUCUGAAGUAUUGGAUCUAAGAAAUAACAGCCCCUAGUUUUCCUGAUGAUGGUGCAGUGAAGGGCCAGCCAGCAGCCAUCUCCUGAUGCCUUAUGGGAAAUCCUGUUUACUUUCCUGCCAUGCUCUGUUUGGUGUUGAGGUAGUUUUUUCAUUGUUAACACACAAAAUUCCUAGUUACAUUUUCAGAUCAGGUUUGCAGAAGUCUCUGAGUGGAGCAGUGUGUUGCAGUGACUUGGAGUGUAAACUACCAGGUGAGGACGUACCUUUGUUACACCCAGGGCUUUGCCGGAUCCUGUUGUUGGAAGCAUUGUCAGCACUGCAGAACACUCCGUGAAAUGUGAACGAGCACUUAUUCUUUCUUGUUGUUUAAAGGAUUUUCUUUCUGUUGAUAUUUUUUCCUGUUCCUUUAACUGCACUUGUAUGGUGUGGCAUCAGAAGUUGUGACUUCUUUGUGUUAUUUGAAGGUUGAAAUAAAACACUGUUGUGCCAUUUUGA